AUGGAGCGUUCAGAUGACAAAAACCCCUUCGACCCCGACACCUACGAUCGACCCGCUCUAAGCAUCAAAACCACGCUCGAGCUUCGGGCCUUCUGCGCCGAGUUCUUUGACAGACACAUCCGCACCAGCGUCAAAACGGACGAGGAAGACAUCGCAGCCUUUCUCGCCCUAAUCACUUAUUCGCAGAGCUUCUUCGCACGCGCUCGCGCAGUCAUUCCAGAGCUUCAGGCACCUGACGUGGAGUCAUCGCACCCAAAUGAAAACGUCCAGGUCUUUCUGUACGCGACCCGCGAUAUGAGAGGUCCACCGGGUAUGAAGUGGGAAUUUCUGCCCGAAGAGUCGGCAUGGACGAAGCUCGCAAAGGAAGGGAUGGACAAUCUCGCGAGGAACAUUGCGAAUAAUGGUACGGGGCACAAGAAGCAGGCCAGCGAUGCUAGUGCUCGAGGUCCAUCUAGUAAGCACACGUUGGGUAUCAUGCCGGAGAAAGCCGAAAAUAUACCCUCAGAACCCCCUCUGCACCCACCAAAGAGCGUCAAAAGCAAGCCCGAAUCUCUUCCGAAGAAGCUCGACCUCCCCGCCAUCCCAACGUUCGUUCCGGGAAACGCCAUGGGGUCCGACGAACUUGUCUGGUCACCGACCUCCGGCACCCGGCAGCGUCGAACCGAUGAGCUCUACCAGAGCACCAAAGCUAGUCCAGCGAACCCGAUACAAUUCGGCCAAGUGAUUCCUCCAAACCCCACCUCUGCAUACAGUAUCAAGGCCCAGUACCUCUUCCAUGGCUCUCGUGAUCUGUCUGAUACCCCUACGAAGGGUCAUUCGGACUCCAUAAGGAUAACUCCACCACCGCAAUUCAAGAGCACCCAGUCACCACUCAAUCCAUCUGCUGCAUCGUCUGGCCGAUCGAAAGGAAACAGUACCAAUCCAAGACGCAUGCGCCGCAACAAUCUUGAAGAGACGCCAUUCCCUGACAGCACUAAUCGUAUGAUGGAGAUGGCGACACUCGGCCACGAUCCCACCAGCAAAUACCCGUCUUCGUCCCUCUACGACACCACGGCCUACCCUGUCAAUGAUCUCAGCCGCACAAACACGCCUUCUCAAUUCAAAGGUCCCCAGUACCCAUCGAACCAGGCGCGCGGCGUUUACGGUGCUGAUCCCUUCUCAGCUCCACCAACCGUUCCUGCUUACGGAACUCUGAACCGGUCCAGUCAGGGCAUGUACGGUGGACCUCCAAGUCCAUUCCAAGGCCAGCUCGGUCCCCUCCAGUCUCGACCUCAGGCAGCAUCUUUUCAUUCUUUCCCUGACCAGGUACCGUACGUACCUAACCCAGACCUCUGGGCCACCCAUACCCAACGACCCCGCCAUGGCGCGUUGCCCAAUCAGAUGAUCCAGCCCAUUCCUCAGAUGACGGCGCGAACACAACUACCUCCGUCCAUGGCCCAAGCGCCCACCAGCGAGGCCCUCAGCGUCCCACCCCCAGGUUCCAUGGACCCCCUCGACUACUGGACCCUGCUGACCCAGCGCGAAAAGGACAUAAACGCCCGCCUCCAAAACGCCAACCGACCCAUGACAACCCACGAGCACCGAUACAUCUCCUUACUCCGCGAGGCCCGCAUCAUGGCAGCGGCGACUCAGCUGCCGGCCCGUGGCGGCAUGUCCAAGGGUAAGUGGCUCGCGGAGUUGGGUCGGACGCUCCGGUCGAUCUGGAAGACCGGUCCGCGCGGCGCAGGGUUCCCUCCGGUCGUCGUGGCGCGCAAGAUGGAUUUCGAGAAGGCGAUCGAGCGGGAGAUUGGGUUGACGUCGCAGGAGAGGCAGCACGCGAGCUUUGAAAGCGCCUUGGAUCGUGCAUUCGGUGCUUGA